UGCCAUUCUCAGGGCUCCUCGGGCAGGCCCAUUGAACUUCCUUAGGUACCGUUCCUACCCUAUAACGGUAGAGAGAUGGACCUGCCUAUAUACGGUAUAUCCCCAACAAUGCGCACUUUGUAGCUCGACUCCCCGAACACUUCAGACGAAUACCAUCCAGUUCUCGGCUCUGGCCCAACGUUCGUCGCGGAAAAGUCGGCUGCUGUUUGUUGGGAAUAAGCCAGCCACACGAGUGUCAAUCCUCGAACCUUCACCAUCUCUACGUCGUCGGCGGACUGUCUUCCACCAUGAUACCCUUCAUACACAGGCCAUUCGUCUACCUCGCCGACAGCCUCGGCGCUGGUCCCGAUGAGCUCAAACUCAUCUUCUCCCUCAUCCUAUCCUACCCUCUCGCCGGAGUCUUGAAACGAGUUCCCGACGCCCGACCCGCGUACAAGAACCUAUUCUCGCUUGGCAUCUCCGUCUUCAUCCUCGUCGGCCUGUUCGACCUGUGGGAUGGCCUCCGAACUAUGCUCAUAUCCGCGGGCGGUGCCUACGCUAUCGCCAAGUUCCUCCGCCGGUCCCGCUACAUGCCGUGGGUGGGCUUCGUCUUCUUGAUGGGCCACAUGAGCAUCAACCACAUCGCACGCCAGGCCGCGAAUAGCCCGCGCUCGGUCGAUAUCACGGGGGCCCAGAUGGUCAUGGUCAUGAAGCUCAGCGCCUUCUGCUGGAAUGUGGCAGACGGUCUUCUCCCAGAAGCCGAAUUGUCUGACCUCCAAAAAGACCGCCGCUUAACCGAACUGCCGAAUCUCCUUGACUACGCCGGCUUCGUCUUCUUCUUCCCCAGCAUGCUGAUAGGCCCUGCCUUUGACUUCGCCGAGUACCGCCGCUGGCUCGACACCUCCAUGUUCGAAGUGCCCUCCCACGUCGACCCAGCCAAGAAGCCACCCACGAGGCGCAAGCGCAAGAUUCCGCGUAGCGGCACCCCGGCCAUGCUGAAGCUCGUUACCGGCCUGAUCUGGAUCUUCACCUUCCUCAAGCUGUCCGCGUACUUUGACCACCACUUCCUGCUUGAAGACAGCUACCUCGAAUACGGCUUCCUCCGCCGCCUGUUUUUUCUGCACAUGGUUGGCUUCACCGCACGCACCAAGUACUACGGCGUCUGGACACUGUCCGAGGGCGCCUGCAUCCUCUCGGGGCUGGGGUACAACGGGGUGAAUCCCUUGACAGGUAAGGUCUCAUGGGAUCGCCUACAGAACAUCGACCCCUGGGGCGUCGAGUUCGCCCAGAAUACCCGCGCCUACCUCGGGAACUGGAACAUGAACACCAACAAGUGGCUGCGCAACUACGUCUACCUGCGCGUGACGCCACGCGGCAAGAAGCCCGGCUUCGGCGCCAGCUUGGCCACCUUUACCACCUCGGCCUUCUGGCACGGUUUCUACCCGGGUUACUACCUUAGCUUUGUCCUCGCCUCCUUCAUCCAGACUGUCGCGAAGAACAUGCGCCGCAACUUCCGUCCCUUCUUCCUCAACCCCAAAACUGGAGCCCCCCUGCCCUCUAAAAAAUAUUACGACUUCGCCUCGUGGCUCACAACGCAGCUCACAUUCUCCUUCGCAGUGGCGCCCUUUCUCAUCCUCUCCCUCCGCGGCUCCCUGCUGGUCUGGUCCCGCGUCUACUUCUAUGCCGUCAUUGGCACCGCGGGGAUGACAGCGUUUUUCGCCUCGCCUUCUACGAAGCGCUAUCUCAGGAGGGAGGUUGAGAAGAGGAGUGCUUCUGGCAAGGCUGGCGGUAGCGUGGAUGGAGCCGUUGCUGGUGGUGAUGGAAAGCUUGGGCGAUCGGCUAGCUCGGAUAGCUCGGCUUCGAGGACGCCUGUGAUGGGGAUUACGCAGGAUUUGGAGAAGGAGUGGGAUGAUGCUCUGACCGAGUUUCGGGAGCUCGAUGAAAAGUUGAAGAACAAGGAGAAAAUGAAGGUUAAGUAAGUGUGGAAAGGUCGGCUAGGUUGAAGUUAUAGAAUGGUGCAGCUUGUUCAGUCAAGGGAUGUAUAUACUUAGAUGGAGAAGCACAGUCAGGAGUUUCUCAGAGAAGGGAUGCAUAUACCUAGAUGGAGAAGAACAGUCAGGGCAAACUACAUAGGUAGAAUAGGAGGCCUGAGGGUUGAGAAAGCACUACCUGCGAUUUUGCUACGGACACAUCGAC